AUGCUACCGAUUCAUUAUUGGUUAAUCAGUUCAAUAACCGGUGUCAUAAUUCUUUAUUGGUUUCGAUGUCGAUAUAAAAAAUUACAUUAUUAUUCUAUUGCACGUCAAUCUGCACAAAAAAAACGUAUAGCACGUGAUAAACAUCGAGAAGUAUUAUUAAAUCUUCUACGAACAAAAUAUUCGAAAUAUCUUCCUGAUCGUUCAAUAUCGGAAAGAAUUUUUCAUUCAACAACAGUUGAAUUAUUAAAUGGUCUUCAAAAAAAAGAUUUUACUUAUACACAAGUUACACUCGUUCUUUCACUUCGAGCAAUUAAAAUUGGACAAAAACUUAAUUGUACUACAGAAGAAUUUUUUGAUCAAGCUAUUGAAUAUGCUCAAAAAUUAGAUGAAAAUGAUAAUAAUACAGAUGAACUUUUACUUAAAGGUAUACCAAUUAGUUUAAAAGAUCAAAUUGAUCAACAAGGAGCAGAUUCAUCAAUGGGUAUAGCUAUGAGAAAUUUUCGACCAUCAUUAAAAGAUAGUCUUAUUGUUCAAUUACUUAAAGAACAAGGUGCAUUUCCUGGUUUUGUACGUACAGCAACUAUACAAGGUAUGAUGUUACCUGAUACAGAAAGUGAAACUUAUGGAAUAGCACACAAUCCUUAUGAUCUAACACGUACGACAGGCGGUAGUACUGGUGGUGAAGGAGCUUUAAUAGCUUCUCGCGGUUCUCCAUUAGGAAUUGGUACAGAUAUCGGUGGAAGUAUUCGUAUUCCAGCACAUUUUUGUGGUUUAUUUGGUUUUAAACCGACACCAGGACGUAUCACAAGUAAAGAUGUAGCUGUUCCUAGUCGUAAAAAUGAAAUGGGUGAAACAAAUAUCCGUUCAACUGUUGGUCCAUUAGCUCGAUGUACUGAUGAUCUUGUACUUGUUAUGCGUUCAUUAUUACAAGAAAACAUGUGGUUUAAUAAUCCCGAAAUAGCCAGACAACCAUGGCGAGAUGAACUUUUUAUGGAUAAAAAACGAUUAACUAUUGGUUUUUAUACAAAUGAUAAUUGGUUUUCACCUGCGCCUGCUUGUAUACGAGCAGUUAAUGAAGCUGCUGAAGUUCUUCGUAAACUUGGUCAUAGAGUCAUUCCAUAUACACCAAUAGAUGUGCCAGAAGCUGUUCGUAUUUAUGUUGGAAUCAUUGGAGCUGAUGGUAGUCGUCAUUUUCUUGAAUCACUCGAAAAUGAACCCAUAAAUCCACUUUAUGAACCAUUAUUUCAAGCUGCAAAAUUUCCAAAUUUUCUACGUCCUUUAGUAUGUCGUUUAAUGCGUCUCUUUGGUGAAAAACGUAAUGCUCAUAUUCUUCAAUCAGUUGGUUCAAAAACUGCCUAUGAAUAUUUUGAUUUAAUUAUUGAUAUGAAAAAGUAUAUAAAAAAAUGGUUAGAUGAUCUUAGACAAAAUAAUAUAGAUCUUCUUCUUACACCAGUAAAUGGUUUACCAGCAUAUCUUCAUGGUCAAUCUAGUCAUUUAUUUCAUUCAUGUACUUAUACAUUUCUUUUCAAUAUUUUGCAUCUGCCAGCUGGUGUCGUUCCAGUAACAUUAGUUCGAGAUGAUGAACAAUAUUAUGAAGAUAUUGGUCAUUUAAAUAAUGAUUGGGUAGUAUCCAUGGCUAAAGAUACAUGUCGACAAUCGGCUGGAUUACCUAUUGGUGUUCAACUUGUUGGUUGGCCAAAUGAUGAUGAACGUGUUUUAGGUGUAAUGAAAGAACUUGAAAGCGCCAUCGGACAAAACUCAUCACCAAUACCAAAUUUUGCUAAUGAUAUUGAUAUUUAUACAUACUAA